AUGAUGAGCUCCAAGAAACUAGCUCAACUUUCCAAGAAGUGGCAAGGAAUCAGUGCCAUCGGGCGAAGAAGGGUCACAACAACGGACAAGGAUGUGCACCCGUCCUGCAGCUCAGUUGCAGGCAAGGGCCACUUCGUUGUCUACUCCUCCGACGGGAGGCGCUUCGAGAUCCCCAUAGCGUGCCUCCGCACGAUGAUCUUCGAGGAGCUCCUGAGGAUGUCGCAGGAAGAGUUUGGGUUCACAAGUGAGGGGAGGAUCACACUGCCUUGUGAUACGACAAUGAUGGAGUAUGUAAUGUGUUUGCUCAGGAGAGAGGCUUCUGAAGAUGUUGAGAGGGCGCUUCUCAGCUCCAUAAUAACGACUUGCCACCACCCAAGCAGAAUGAUGCAAGCAGCCACUGGACUUCACCAGCAAUUUUCUGUGCGCAGCUCCUGA